AUGAGGCCCUUCCUAAGCAUUCCUUUCAUCACUUCUUCAUUUUUUCUAGUCGCCGCAUCCCCUCUGUCUCGCGAUGGAAAAGACGGCAGCUUCCAUCUGAAGCCGUUUACCGUUGACCUGUCUGAUGGAGUCCCCCAUAUGAUUGACCUGGCUAAGAGAACUAAGCUGCCUACGAAUGGCGAUUAUUUUGACCCAAAUGCCGGUAUUGGAUUAGAAACAUUGCAAUCUCUGAGAAAGCAAUUGAUCGAGGACUUCAACUGGGAUGCUGAGCAGCAAAAGCUCAAGAAGUUUCACCAUUUCACCGCUGAAAUCGAAAACCAAACCAUCCACUUUAUCCACCAAAAGUCCCAUAACCCUCACGCCAUUCCCUUGGUUCUCAAUCACGGAUGGCCCGGGUCAUUUCUAGAAUUCAUCCCGUUGAUCGAUAAGCUCAAGAAUGACUUCCAUAUCAUCAUACCCUCCCUCCCAGGCUUUACAUUCUCAUCAGCACCGCCACCGACCUGGACAGUCGACGACACAGCAAGGGUCUUCAACACGCUCAUGACCAAAGUCUUGGGAUAUCCCAAUUUCGCGGUCUACGGUACAGAUUGGGGAUCGGGUGUUGCAUACAGUCUUUAUGCCAAUUUCAAUACUUCUGUGCGAUUAGCUCAUCUCUCAUUCCUCCCGUUCGUCCCCUUGAACAGGAGCCAGCUCGCGGCGGAGGGUAUCAAAUUGUCACCCCUUGAGGAAUUUGAAGCUAAGCGUGCUGAGGAGUGGGCUACAACUGGAAAUGCCUAUUACAUGGAGCAAGCAACAAAGCCAAACACCAUCGGCCUCGCCCUCUACGAUAGCCCUGUUGGGCAGUUAUCCUGGAUUGCCGAGAAGCUCAUUGUUUUUGCAUUCUACUAUCUGACCAAGAGCUUUGCGUCCUCCGUCUACAUCUACUAUUCCAAUCUCAAGGGGUUUAUGACAAACUAUACAAAGGCCGAGACUGACGCGCCAUUGCUCUUCAGCGGGUUUAAGUAUAACGUUGGCUUUUGGCCACGAGAACUAGUUGGCCGAGUGGGAAAUCUUGUUUCCUAUAAAAAUCACGAGUUUGGUGGGCAUUUCCCGGGUCUUGACAACCCCGUUGCGUUGGCUGAAGACUUGAAGAAUAUUAAGAAAUAUUGGGGAUGA